AUGGAACAAGAUGUCAUAAAUUUGAAAAACCAUACUACUCAAUAUAAAAUACUGAAAGAUGAAGAGAUAAAACAAAAAGCCCUGAAGACAUAUAUGGAUAGCGAUGAGUAUAAAAAAGAAGUUGAAGCAAAUGUAAAGGCAGAAAAACUUUUACAGUUGCAAAACCAAACCGUACAGUAUGAAAACUUAGCACAAGAAAGUAAAAAUAACGACGCGGCUAUGCAAAAGGCAAUGAAAAGCGCAGAAUAUAUAAAAGCUAACAAUGACUGGUUAGAUGCCCAAGCCAACGCUAAAGCAGCCCAACUCAUAGGGUCAAUAAGGACAAAAAUACAAGCGGAUGAAGACAGUUCAAAUGAAGCUUUAACGAAUGCUGACUUUAAGAACGCCUUCGAAGCUCUUCAUAGUAAGGUGAAACAAGUGAACGACUUCUCAUCUGGAAAGAAACUGAAGUCUGAAGGUUUCGACAAAGAGUUAAAAGAAGUAGCACAAAAUAUGACGAAAAUAACAGAUGCAGCAACGAGACAGGCAGUUCAAAGUGCCUAUGACGCCGUUAGAGCAACUGUUGUGAAAAGUCAAGAAAAAGAGUUACAACAGACCAAAACAGACCUAGUAAAUGCUUUCUUAAAAACGAAAAGUCAGGUAGGACAUUACGCUGCAGAUGGAACAUAUGUGCCAGCUGGUGGAACUUAUAUACCAGCUGGUGGAACUUAUAUACUAGCUAGUGGAACUUAUAUACCACCAAACCCUCCAAGAGAAGCACCUGCACCAGGACUACCUAACACAUUUACAUCGUCACAUGGACACAGACACAGGCAUGCACCAAAACCAACACAACAACAACAACAACAACCACCUCCACAACCAACAGUUCAAAACCCUGCACAACAACCACCUCCACAACCAGCACAACAACCAACAGUUCAAAACCCUGCACAGCAACAACCACAAACAGAGCAAGGACAUAAAAGAA